AUGCCGCCCAAGAAGAAGAAUAAGGCCGCACCCAAAGCCACGGCAAAGACUAUCAAGGGCAACAAGACCAAGACCAACAAGCACUCUACUCCUAUGUCUGCACACGACAAGACCUUCCCCUUCCUGGAACUUCCUCUCGAAGUCCGUCGCAUGAUCUAUCGCCAUGCUCUCGCCUCGCCUGAACUCGGGAUUGGCCAGCGUCGUGCCCUGCGUUACGAUUCAACCCUCCUUCGCUACAACAGAUUCGCCCUGGUGGACUUCACAGUCAACCACUUCUCUCUCUUCGCCACUUCCAAACAGAUCAGAAGCGAGAUCCAGGAGUCUGGCGCCAUGUCCGAGCUCUCCUUCAAGAUCACAUCCACCAUUGCCCUUGAAGGUUUCCUGGGCUACCGCAGUGGCUACCCUGGAGAAGCAAGAGACAAGAUCGACGACCGGAUCUUGUUCAUGCUGCAGAAGGCAAAGAGCAUCAAGAUUUGUAUCGAGAACCGCCGCAAUGACUGGGAUGCACCCAUGCGCACGGUUGGCUGGCUCGGAGCUACCCUGGAAGAUCCUACCACCGUCAAGCUCAUCGACAGCGCCGGCAAGGAGGAAAUUCCUAAUGGAGUGUUCCAAGAUGCAGUCACUCGUUGGCAGGCCUUCGCGCAGACACUCUUAACUAGAGCCUCAUGA